GGGCAGACCCUGGAGAGCGGGCUCGCGGCGCCUUCCAUCGUGGCUCCGCGCUGGGGCUUGCGGAGCCCGCUUCCCGCCCCUCGGAGCCCGCGGGCCCGGCCGCCCCGCCCCCGGGUGCCCGGGGCGAGCAGGUGGGGAGGGCGGGGCGGGUCCGCGCGUUGGCGGUGCUCGCCGCGCAGCUGCGCCCGCCGGCUUCAGCACCUUCCGCUGUCCGCCGCUGCAGCCACCUCCUCCUCCAGGUGCUGACUAUUCUGAUGCCGAGUUUCCAAUUGCCUUGAUUAAAGUAGAAACAUUCUAUGGCUUGGAUGACUUACAUUUCAAAUUGGUUUGAGCAAGAUGAUUGGUAUGAAGGACUACAAAGAGCAAACAUGUCCCAGGUAAGGCAAGUGGGAUUGCUGGCUGCUGGAUGUCAGCCAUGGAACAAGGAUGUAUGUGCUGCCAGUGGAGACAGGUUUGCAUAUUGUGCGACCCUGGCUAUCUAUAUUUAUCAGUUGGAUCACCGUUAUAAUGAAUUCAAACUUCACGCAAUUAUGUCUGAACAUAAAAAAACAAUCACAGCAAUUUCUUGGUGUCCACAUAAUCCUGAUCUGUUUGCAAGUGGCAGUACUGAUAAUUUAGUGAUCAUUUGGAAUGUUGCAGAACAAAAAGUCAUUGCUAAACUCGACAGUACAAAAGGGAUCCCUGCCUCUCUUAGUUGGUGCUGGAAUGCAGAGGAUGUGGUGGCUUUUGUUUCCCACAGAGGCCCGCUGUUCAUUUGGACCAUCUUAGGACCAGAUAGUGGAGUGACUGUACACAAAGACGCUCAUAGCUUCUUGUCUGAUAUCUGUAUGUUCAGAUGGCAUACACACAAAAAGGGGAAAGUUGUGUUUGGUCAUAUUGAUGGAAGUCUAUCAAUUUUUCAUCCAGGUAAUAAAAGUCAGAAACAUGUUUUGAGACCUGAAUCUCUUGAAGGGACAGAUGAAGAGGAUCCAGUUACGGCCUUGGAAUGGGACCCACUAUCUACUGAUUAUCUUCUAGUGGUUAAUUUGCAUUAUGGAAUUCGCCUGGUAGAUUCUGAAUCACUUUCUUGCAUAACAACAUUUAAUCUUCCCAGUGCAGCAGCUUCUGUACAGUGCUUAGCCUGGGUUCCCAGUGCUCCUGGGAUGUUUAUAACUGGAGAUUCUCAAGUGGGUGUUUUACGCAUUUGGAAUGUUUCAAGAACAACACCUAUUGAUAAUCUUAAAUUAAAGAAAACAGGAUUUCACUGCUUACAUGUACUUAAUUCUCCUCCAAGAAAAAAGUUUUCACUCCAAUCUCCAACCAAAAAUCAUUAUACAUCCUCAACAAGUGAAGCAGUUCCACCCCCAACUUUGACACAGAAUCAAGCAUUUUCUCUUCCUCCUGGUCAUGCAGUGUGUUGUUUCUUGGAUGGUGGAGUUGGACUUUAUGAUAUGGGAGCUAAAAAGUGGGAUUUUCUUAGAGACUUGGGACAUGUGGAAACUAUCUUUGACUGCAAAUUCAAACCUGAUGAUCCCAAUCUUUUAGCAACAGCUUCAUUUGAUGGCACUAUAAAAGUCUGGGAUAUAAACACAUUAACAGCAGUGUACACAUCCCCGGGUAAUGAAGGUGUUAUUUAUUCCCUUUCUUGGGCUCCAGGUGGUUUAAAUUGUAUUGCUGGGGGAACUUCCCGAAAUGGUGCUUUUAUUUGGAAUGUUCAAAAGGGCAAAAUUAUACAAAGAUUUAAUGAGCAUGGAACAAAUGGAAUAUUCUGCAUUGCCUGGAGUCAUAAAGAUUCUAAAAGAAUAGCAACCUGCAGCAGUGAUGGUUUCUGUAUUAUUCGAACAAUCGAUGGUAAAGUGCUACACAAAUAUAAACAUCCAGCUGCAGUGUUUGGUUGUGAUUGGAGCCAAAACAAUAAAGACAUGAUAGCCACUGGCUGUGAAGACACAAAUGUUCGUGUUUAUUAUGUAGCCACCAGCUCAGAUCAACCAUUGAAAGUAUUUAGUGGGCAUACAGCAAAAGUGUUUCAUGUUAAAUGGUCUCCUCUGAGAGAGGGAAUUCUUUGCAGUGGUUCUGAUGAUGGUACCGUUCGAAUCUGGGAUUAUACUCAGGAUGCUUGCAUCAGUAUUCUUAGUGGACACACUGCACCUGUGAGGGGAUUAAUGUGGAACACUGAGAUUCCAUAUCUGCUCAUAUCUGGCAGCUGGGACUAUACUAUAAAAGUAUGGGACACUCGAGAAGGAACUUGUGUGGAUACUGUGUAUGAUCACGGUGCAGAUGUAUAUGGUUUAACCUGCCAUCCCAGUCGCCCCUUCACUAUGGCCUCUUGCUCCCGUGACUCUACAGUAAGACUCUGGUCAUUAACAGCCUUAGUCACUCCUGUACAAAUGAACAUUCUGGCAGACAGAUCUUGGGAAGAAAUUAUCGGGAACACUGAUUGUGCUGUAGAACCAGGCACUCCUCCUCUACUGUGUGGUAAAGUGUCAAGAGGUAUUAGACAGGAAAUAGAAAAACUAACCGCUAAUUCUCGAGUGAAAAAACUAAGAUGGUUUUCAGAAUGUUUAUCCCCUCCAGGUGGCAGUGACAAUUUAUGGAACUUGGUUGCUGUGAUAAAAGGACAGGAUGAUAGCUUACUUCCUCAGAACUACUGCAAAGGAAUAAUGCACUUGAAACAUCUGAUUAAAUUUAGAACAUCUGAAGCUCAAGAACUAACAACAGUCAAGAUGUCUAAAUUUGGUGGUGGUAUUGGUGUACCUACAAAGGAGGAAAGACUGAAGGAAGCUGCUGAAAUCCACUUGAGAUUAGGACAAAUUCAGAGAUACUGUGAACUUAUGGUUGAACUUGGAGAGUGGGACAAAGCCCUGUCAAUUGCACCAGGAGUCUCUGUGAAAUACUGGAAGAAGUUAAUGCAGAGGAGAGCUGACCAAUUAAUCCAGGAAGAUAAGGAUGAUGUCAUUCCAUACUGCAUAGCCAUUGGUGAUGUGAAAAAGCUAGUCCAUUUUUUCAUGUCAAGAGGUCAGCUUAAAGAAGCUCUGCUUGUUGCACAGGCUGCUUGCGAAGGAAAUAUGCAGCCCUUACAUGUUUCUGUGCCUAAAGGAGCUUCAUAUUCUGAUGAUAUCUACAAGGAAGACUUUAAUGAACUCCUGCACAAAGUCAGUAAAGAACUGGCAGAAUGGUAUUUUCAAGAUGGUCGAGCAGUACUAGCCGCAUGUUGCCAUCUUGCCGUAGAUAAUAUUGAGCUUGCUAUGGCAUACCUGAUUCGCGGAAAUGAACUGGAGUUGGCAGUCUGUGUGGGCACAGUACUAGGAGAGUCUGCAGCACCAGCAACCCACUAUGCCCUAGAAUUACUGGCGAGAAAGUACAUGAUGAUUUCAGUAUGCUUUCCAUCUGUUGGAUACAGGAAUUUGGCAGCCGAUCUUCUGAUGAUGAUUCCUGAUAAUGAACUACAUUUAAUAAAACUCUGUGCUUUCUACCCAGGAUGUACUGAAGAGAUAAAUGACCUUCAUGAUAAGUGUAAGCUACCCACAGUGGAAGAAUGUAUGCAGUUAGCUGAGACAGCCCAUGCAGAUGACAAUAUAUUUGAAACUGUAAAAUAUUACUUGUUAAGUCAAGAACCUGAAAAAGCCCUUCCUAUUGGUAUUAGCUUUGUUAAAGAAUACAUCAGUAGCUCAGACUGGACUUUGGAUACUGUAUACCCUGUUCUUGACCUACUGAGCUAUAUUCGUACUGAAAAAUUACUCUUGCAUACGUGUACUGAAGCUCGAAAUGAGUUGCUAAUAUUAUGUGGUUACAUUGGUGCAUUACUGGCUAUCAGAAGGCAGUACCAAAGCAUUGUUCCAGCACUUUAUGAGUACACAAGUCAGCUGUUAAAACGUCGGGAGGUGUCAGUACCUUUAAAAAUUGAAUAUCUUUCUGAGGAAUUGGAUGCAUGGAGAGCUUGCACACAGUCCACCAACAGAUCAUUAGAAGACUCUCCGUAUACACCCCCUUCUGAUUCACAAAGAAUGAUUUAUGCAACUUUAUUAAAGAGACUAAAAGAAGAGUCACUGAAAGGAAUUAUUGGACCAGAUUAUGUGACUGGAUCAAAUCUUCCAAGUCAUUCUGAUAUUCACAUUUCUUGUCUUACGGGAUUAAAAAUCCAGGGCCCUGUGUUUUUCCUUGAAGAUGGGAAAUCUGCUAUCUCCUUGAAUGAUGCUUUGAUGUGGGCAAAGGUGAAUCCAUUCUCACCUUUAGGGACUGGAAUACGACUCAAUCCAUUCUGAUAGAAGAUUUUUGUCCAUGCUUGAUUUUUUUUUAAAAGAAAAACUUUCAUGGGUUAGUAUUACCUUAAUCUUUGUUGCUCAAGUGCCAGAGGUUGGGAGAAGUAUUGCAGGUUGGGAGAGGUGGGAAAUAGCAGUGAAUUUUGUUCAUUAACUUCAAAAAAUAAAAUAUGUAUAUAAUUUAAAGGAAAAAUAGGUGCCUCCUUUAUAAACAGUAAUAGCUACGUUUGGGAAGGAGGAAACAUUUAAAUUAUAAAGGAUUGAAUAAUCUAAAAAGCAUAUAAAAGUUUCACACAGCAUAAAAGCUACCAAAAUAUCAUAUGGUUGAAAUAUUCAAACAUAUUAAAUUGUGAAACACCUAGAACAGUGUUAGACAUACAGUAAGUACUUAAUGGAUAUUUGAAUGAUUGAAUAUCUUGAAAUGUUGAAAUGUAAGGUGUGUACAGUGAUCUUCAACUUAACAAACACUUAUGUUCUCCUUUAUAAAAUGCAUAGUAAACCACUAACAUUAGCUGUUUAAUAAAAGUUUUCAGUUAUAAGUUUAGUAAAUAUUAAUAAAUGGAUACACAUUCAAAAUACUUUAAAAAAAAGAAAAUGUUACCAGUUUUUUCAUCUGAAGUUUAACUGUCCCAUUGUAAAGGUGUAAGUUAUAUAGGCAUGAAAAAAAUUGGCGGGUAAAAAUCACAAAAUGCAGUGGAAUAUAUAUGAAAACUUGCAUUAGGUGAUAAAGUGACUAUUUUAAGAGAUUUGGCAUGCAUGGAUAUUAGUUUUGAUUAAUGUGUAUAAUAAUUUACACAGUAUACUCUAGUCAAUUUAUGUUAACUUUAUUUAAAACACAAUUUAUUUGGCCGGGCGCAGUGGCUCACACCUGUAAUCCCAGCACUUUGGGAGGCCAAGGUGGGUGGAUCACCUGAGGUCAGGAGUUCGUGACCAGCCUGGCCAGCAUGGUAAAACCCUGUCUCCACUAAAAAUACAAAAAUUAGCCAGGCAUGGUGGCAGGCACCUGUAAUCUCAGCUACUUGGGAGGCUGAGGCAGGAAAAUCCCUUGAACCUGGGAGACAGAGGUUCCAGUGAGCCAAGAUUGCGCCACUGCACUCCAGCCUGGGCAACAAAGAGCGAAACUCUGUCUCAAAAAACAAACAAACAAAAACCACAACUGAUUUGAUGAAAAUUAGUUUUAAGUAAAUGUUUGUAAAUAGAUAUUGGUUGAAUCCUUGGAUAUAUUAUGUUGAUUUAACUUUUAAAAUGUUUUUUAAAAGUGUAAAGCUAUGAAAAUCCUGAUAAUGUGACUACAAAUAUUUCAGUUGGACUAGAAUUCUAACUUUGAAACUUAUUAAAUUAAUGCAUACUGAAAGUACUUUGAUACUCAAGUUGUUUCACAAGAUUUAUAAUAGAGAUGUUUUUGUUUGACUAAAGAAUAAUCUCAUAUAACUAGAAUACUUGUGGCUUUUAUUAUCUUUAAACUUGUUGCAUUUAAAAUAUUUUUAAAACCUUCUUAACAAAACUUCUUAAAACUGGAAAAAAUAUAUAUUAUGUAUCUAUGUAUCAUAUUUAUCACAUGACCACUUUUGAUUCCUCAAAAAUACAUUACAGGCUUAAAUUCCAUUUUAUAAAAAAAAAAAAUUGCCUGUAAUCCCAGCACUUCGGGAGGCUGAGGUGGGUGGAUCUUGAGGUCGGUAGAUGGAGACCAUCCUGGCCAACAUGGUGAAACCCUGUCUCUACUAAAAAUACAAGAAUUAACUGGUUGUGGUGGCGUGUACCUGUAGUCCCAGCUACUCAAGAAGCUAAGGCAGGAGAAUCACUUGAAUCCAGGAGGCGGAGGUUGCAGUGAGCUGAGAUCGCACCACUGCACUCCAGCCUGGGUGACAGAGCAAGACCACCAUCUCCAAAAAUUAUAUAUAUAAAAAUAAUUAAUAUUAUAGAAGAGAAUAUACACAACCCAGAGAUGCAAUGGAUAAUAAGAGUACCUGAGAUGUAUUUUUUUAAACUCUUAGAGAUAUCUGUAACUCAAAUUUUUCUUAGGUGAGGAGUAUUAUUAACUGGCACAUAUGUACUAAAAACCCCUCACUUAAAAAUGGCAGUCUCAAUCCUACUGUCAUUCUUUUUAUUUUAAAAUAAAUAAAUAAGCCUAUCUUUUUUGUGCUUACAUACUUAAAAGGAUAUCAUUCAGUAUAUAAACAAUCAUUACUUUCUUCUGUAUUUUUAAUGAAUGCAGGAAAAUAAUAUUUUUGUGUAUAGAAGAUGAAAAAAAAAUUUUGCAAGUCUUUAAACACAUAAAUACAACAGAAUAGCCACCCAAUUUCUGUCUGAAAUCUAAAUUGGAUGGAUUUGACCAUCAUUCUAUUAUCUUUGAUUUCUACAAUGUCUAUAUCUUAUUACCUAUAACUAUUAAUUUUUCAUAGAAUUAUAAAUGUCAUUUGACUGUGUCAAUCUGUAUCUAUUGUACCUUAAUAUGAAAAACAAAUUUUUUAAUUCAUAAAAGUAUUUUUAUUAGAUUUCAUAGGCAUGAAACCCAAGCAAAUUGUAUGAAUUUAUUUUACUAUUUGAAAAUGUUCAUAUUACCAAUAAUGUGGACAAAUUACUUUGCAGGUUUAAAUAUGCCUCUAUAAAGGAAGAGUCUCAUUAGACAAUGAUUUUUAAAGCAUUGGAAAAAUAUUUUGCCUGUAAAAGUUAGUAACCAGGUGGUUCACAAAAUUACUACAUCAAAAUAGUUACAUCUUCUGAAAAUAUAUGAUUUUUAUGUCAAUCAAGACAAAUGAAAUAUAUAUGUAUGUGUAUAUAUAUACAUGUAUAUAUGAAAUAUAUAUAUAUGUGUGUGUGUGUAUAUAUAUAUAUAUAUAUUUCUAUGAAAUUGUCCAGAUGUGUUCAGGAACAUGAUUGCAUUAGAGCAAUGACUGUAUUUUGUUGUCCUUAUAACAUUUAUAUUAUUUCGGUUUUAAGUCAAAAGGUAUUCUGAAUAUAAUAAAAGCCUCACAAAUUAUUUGUAAAAUUUAGCAGUUCAUAUUUAGUAUAUCAGUAAUAUAGAAGACAUCUUUAUAGUCAAUUCUUAAUUAAUGUUUAUUGUACCAAAUCUUUGAGAUAUUUGUACCUAAAUGAAGUAUGUACUUUCAUGCUAAAAUUAUAUAUCAUGACUGUGCUAUAAUUUGGCAUGUCAUUAUCUAGAUUUAUAUGUAUGUAUGUAUUUCAGGUCCUUUAAAUUUUAAUAAAUAUUACAGUUAAAUCCUGA